AUGACACACAAUGACCACAAAGUCUUUCAAGACCUGGCACAAUCGACGCUAAUAGUAAGGAGAGUACUGCGCCCUGUUACAGCUGCCUUGUCAGAAUGCAACAUAAGAUUCCGGUGGUCAUUUCCCUUUGCACUGUUCGUCAACCGACAGGGGAACACACACAUAAUCAUGACCCCCGCUGAUGUACUGGCAUUCCAACAGGCCCUGGGACUACCAACGGAUCCAGUGGAAGACUGGACAGGUCUGCCAUCGGAGAAAGACAAACAACUUCUCCAAAGGGCUAAAUGGCAACGCACUCCCAGAAAGAGAAGAAAACGAGCCCCAUCGGGCAAUGAACUCACAACAACACCAAAAGGCACGAUACACAGAACACCAUGA